AUGUCUGACUACGGUGAUGAUGGGGAUGUCGGUGGAGCGGACGAGCCUAUGUUCGAGGAUGAAGAGCCCAUAGACGAUGAGCUCGACCCCGAAGUUCCCGACAAUGAGGAGGAUGAAUUCACCCGAAGAGGCGUAGAUGAAGAGGAGAACGUUGUCGUCUCGGGCGAUCCAUCUGCUGCUGCAAACCGAACGAAGUCUACGACAAAGUUGAACAAGGACAAAAAGAUUCCUAACGAGGAGCGAUCUACCACUCCAUACCUAACGAAAUACGAGAGAGCCCGUGUUUUAGGUACCAGAGCACUACAGAUCAGUAUGAAUGCUCCUGUCCUCGUAGAUCUGGAAGGAGAGUCAGAUCCGCUCCAAAUUGCUAUCAAGGAGCUACGCGAAAAGAAGAUUCCUCUGAUUGUCCGCCGUUAUCUUCCCGAUGGCUACUAUGAGGAUUGGUCCUGCGAAGAGCUGCUCCAGUAA